AUGCACCUCGGCAUAUGUCACAGGGCAAAGAGAAGAGGGCAAAGAGAAGAGGGCAAAGAGAAGAGGGCAAAGAGAAGAGGGCAAAGAGAAGAGGGCAAAGAGAAGAGGGCAAAGAGAAGAGGGCAAAGAGAAGAGGGCAAAGAGAAGAGGGCAAAGAGAAGAGGGCAAAGAGAAGAGGGCAAAGAGAAGAGGGCAAAGAGAAGAGGGCAAAGAGAAGAGGGCAAAGAGAAGAGGGCAAAGAGAAGAGGGCAAAGAGAAGAGGGCAAAGAGAAGAGGGCAAAGAGAAGAGGGCAAAGAGAAGAGGGCAAAGAGAAGAGGGCAAAGAGAAGAGGGCAAAGAGAAGAGGGCAAAGAGAAGAGGGCAAAGAGAAGAGGGCAAAGAGAAGAGGGCAAAGAGAAGAGGGCAAAGAGAAGAGGGCAAAGAGAAGAGGGCAAAGAGAAGAGGGCAAAGAGAAGAGGGCAAAGAGAAGAGGGCAAAGAGAAGAGGGCAAAGAGAAGAGGGCAAAGAGAAGAGGGCAAAGAGAAGAGGGCAAAGAGAAGAGGGCAAAGAGAAGAGGGCAAAGAGAAGAGGGCAAAGAGAAGAGGGCAAAGAGAAGAGGGCAAAGAGAAGAGGGCAAAGAGAAGAGGGCAAAGAGAAGAGGGCAAAGAGAAGAGGGCAAAGAGAAGAGGGCAAAGAGAAGAGGGCAAAGAGAAGAGGGCAAAGAGAAGAGGGCAAAGAGAAGAGGGCAAAGAGAAGAGGGCAAAGAGAAGAGGGCAAAGAGAAGAGGGCAAAGAGAAGAGGGCAAAGAGAAGAGGGCAAAGAGAAGAGGGCAAAGAGAAGAGGGCAAAGAGAAGAGGGCAAAGAGAAGAGGGCAAAGAGAAGAGGGCAAAGAGAAGAGGGCAAAGAGAAGAGGGCAAAGAGAAGAGGGCAAAGAGAAGAGGGCAAAGAGAAGAGGGCAAAGAGAAGAGGGCAAAGAGAAGAGGGCAAAGAGAAGAGGGCAAAGAGAAGAGGGCAAAGAGAAGAGGGCAAAGAGAAGAGGGCAAAGAGAAGAGGGCAAAGAGAAGAGGGCAAAGAGAAGAGGGCAAAGAGAAGAGGGCAAAGAGAAGAGGGCAAAGAGAAGAGGGCAAAGAGAAGAGGGCAAAGAGAAGAGGGCAAAGAGAAGAGGGCAAAGAGAAGAGGGCAAAGAGAAGAGGGCAAAGAGAAGAGGGCAAAGAGAAGAGGGCAAAGAGAAGAGGGCAAAGAGAAGAGGGCAAAGAGAAGAGGGCAAAGAGAAGAGGGCAAAGAGAAGAGGGCAAAGAGAAGAGGGCAAAGAGAAGAGGGCAAAGAGAAGAGGGCAAAGAGAAGAGGGCAAAGAGAAGAGGGCAAAGAGAAGAGGGCAAAGAGAAGAGGGCAAAGAGAAGAGGGCAAAGAGAAGAGGGCAAAGAGAAGAGGGCAAAGAGAAGAGGGCAAAGAGAAGAGGGCAAAGAGAAGAGGGCAAAGAGAAGAGGGCAAAGAGAAGAGGGCAAAGAGAAGAGGGCAAAGAGAAGAGGGCAAAGAGAAGAGGGCAAAGAGAAGAGGGCAAAGAGAAGAGGGCAAAGAGAAGAGGGCAAAGAGAAGAGGGCAAAGAGAAGAGGGCAAAGAGAAGAGGGCAAAGAGAAGAGGGCAAAGAGAAGAGGGCAAAGAGAAGAGGGCAAAGAGAAGAGGGCAAAGAGAAGAGGGCAAAGAGAAGAGGGCAAAGAGAAGAGGGCAAAGAGAAGAGGGCAAAGAGAAGAGGGCAAAGAGAAGAGGGCAAAGAGAAGAGGGCAAAGAGAAGAGGGCAAAGAGAAGAGGGCAAAGAGAAGAGGGCAAAGAGAAGAGGGCAAAGAGAAGAGGGCAAAGAGAAGAGGGCAAAGAGAAGAGGGCAAAGAGAAGAGGGCAAAGAGAAGAGGGCAAAGAGAAGAGGGCAAAGAGAAGAGGGCAAAGAGAAGAGGGCAAAGAGAAGAGGGCAAAGAGAAGAGGGCAAAGAGAAGAGGGCAAAGAGAAGAGGGCAAAGAGAAGAGGGCAAAGAGAAGAGGGCAAAGAGAAGAGGGCAAAGAGAAGAGGGCAAAGAGAAGAGGGCAAAGAGAAGAGGGCAAAGAGAAGAGGGCAAAGAGAAGAGGGCAAAGAGAAGAGGGCAAAGAGAAGAGGGCAAAGAGAAGAGGGCAAAGAGAAGAGGGCAAAGAGAAGAGGGCAAAGAGAAGAGGGCAAAGAGAAGAGGGCAAAGAGAAGAGGGCAAAGAGAAGAGGGCAAAGAGAAGAGGGCAAAGAGAAGAGGGCAAAGAGAAGAGGGCAAAGAGAAGAGGGCAAAGAGAAGAGGGCAAAGAGAAGAGGGCAAAGAGAAGAGGGCAAAGAGAAGAGGGCAAAGAGAAGAGGGCAAAGAGAAGAGGGCAAAGAGAAGAGGGCAAAGAGAAGAGGGCAAAGAGAAGAGGGCAAAGAGAAGAGGGCAAAGAGAAGAGGGCAAAGAGAAGAGGGCAAAGAGAAGAGGGCAAAGAGAAGAGGGCAAAGAGAAGAGGGCAAAGAGAAGAGGGCAAAGAGAAGAGGGCAAAGAGAAGAGGGCAAAGAGAAGAGGGCAAAGAGAAGAGGGCAAAGAGAAGAGGGCAAAGAGAAGAGGGCAAAGAGAAGAGGGCAAAGAGAAGAGGGCAAAGAGAAGAGGGCAAAGAGAAGAGGGCAAAGAGAAGAGGGCAAAGAGAAGAGGGCAAAGAGAAGAGGGCAAAGAGAAGAGGGCAAAGAGAAGAGGGCAAAGAGAAGAGGGCAAAGAGAAGAGGGCAAAGAGAAGAGGGCAAAGAGAAGAGGGCAAAGAGAAGAGGGCAAAGAGAAGAGGGCAAAGAGAAGAGGGCAAAGAGAAGAGGGCAAAGAGAAGAGGGCAAAGAGAAGAGGGCAAAGAGAAGAGGGCAAAGAGAAGAGGGCAAAGAGAAGAGGGCAAAGAGAAGAGGGCAAAGAGAAGAGGGCAAAGAGAAGAGGGCAAAGAGAAGAGGGCAAAGAGAAGAGGGCAAAGAGAAGAGGGCAAAGAGAAGAGGGCAAAGAGAAGAGGGCAAAGAGAAGAGGGCAAAGAGAAGAGGGCAAAGAGAAGAGGGCAAAGAGAAGAGGGCAAAGAGAAGAGGGCAAAGAGAAGAGGGCAAAGAGAAGAGGGCAAAGAGAAGAGGGCAAAGAGAAGAGGGCAAAGAGAAGAGGGCAAAGAGAAGAGGGCAAAGAGAAGAGGGCAAAGAGAAGAGGGCAAAGAGAAGAGGGCAAAGAGAAGAGGGCAAAGAGAAGAGGGCAAAGAGAAGAGGGCAAAGAGAAGAGGGCAAAGAGAAGAGGGCAAAGAGAAGAGGGCAAAGAGAAGAGGGCAAAGAGAAGAGGGCAAAGAGAAGAGGGCAAAGAGAAGAGGGCAAAGAGAAGAGGGCAAAGAGAAGAGGGCAAAGAGAAGAGGGCAAAGAGAAGAAGGCAAAGAGAAGAGGGCAAAGAGAAGAAGGCAAAGAGAAGAGGGCAAAGAGAAGAAGGCAAAGAGAAGAAGGCAAAGAAAGGCAAAGAGAAGAAGGCAAAGAGAAGAAGGCAAAGAGAAGAAGGCAAAGAGAAGAAGGCAAAGAGAAGAAGGCAAAGAGAAGAAGGCAAAGAGAAGAAGGCAAAGAGAAGAAGGCAAAGAGAAGAAGGCAAAGAGAAGAAGGCAAAGAGAAGAAGGCAAAGAGAAGAAGGCAAAGAGAAGAAGGCAAAGAGAAGAAGGCAAAGAGAAGAAGGCAAAGAGAAGAAGGCAAAGAGAAGAAGGCAAAGAGAAGAAGGCAAAGAGAAGAAGGCAAAGAGAAGAAGGCAAAGAGAAGAAGGCAAAGAGAAGAAGGCAAAGAGAAGAAGGCAAAGAGAAGAAGGCAAAGAGAAGAAGGCAAAGAGAAGAAGGCAAAGAGAAGAAGGCAAAGAGAAGAAGGCAAAGAGAAGAAGGCAAAGAGAAGAAGGCAAAGAGAAGAAGGCAAAGAGAAGAAGGCAAAGAGAAGAAGGCAAAGAGAAGAAGGCAAAGAGAAGAAGGCAAAGAGAAGAAGGCAAAGAGAAGAAGGCAAAGAGAAGAAGGCAAAGAGAAGAAGGCAAAGAGAAGAAGGCAAAGAGAAGAAGGCAAAGAGAAGAAGGCAAAGAGAAGAAGGCAAAGAGAAGAAGGCAAAGAGAAGAAGGCAAAGAGAAGAAGGCAAAGAGAAGAAGGCAAAGAGAAGAAGGCAAAGAGAAGAAGGCAAAGAGAAGAAGGCAAAGAGAAGAAGGCAAAGAGAAGAAGGCAAAGAGAAGAAGGCAAAGAGAAGAAGGCAAAGAGAAGAAGGCAAAGAGAAGAAGGCAAAGAGAAGAAGGCAAAGAGAAGAAGGCAAAGAGAAGAAGGCAAAGAGAAGAAGGCAAAGAGAAGAAGGCAAAGAGAAGAAGGCAAAGAGAAGAAGGCAAAGAGAAGAAGGCAAAGAGAAGAAGGCAAAGAGAAGAAGGCAAAGAGAAGAAGGCAAAGAGAAGAAGGCAAAGAGAAGAAGGCAAAGAGAAGAAGGCAAAGAGAAGAAGGCAAAGAGAAGAAGGCAAAGAGAAGAAGGCAAAGAGAAGAAGGCAAAGAGAAGAAGGCAAAGAGAAGAAGGCAAAGAGAAGAAGGCAAAGAGAAGAAGGCAAAGAGAAGAAGGCAAAGAGAAGAAGGCAAAGAGAAGAAGGCAAAGAGAAGAAGGCAAAGAGAAGAAGGCAAAGAGAAGAAGGCAAAGAGAAGAAGGCAAAGAGAAGAAGGCAAAGAGAAGAAGGCAAAGAGAAGAAGGCAAAGAGAAGAAGGCAAAGAGAAGAAGGCAAAGAGAAGAAGGCAAAGAGAAGAAGGCAAAGAGAAGAAGGCAAAGAGAAGAAGGCAAAGAGAAGAAGGCAAAGAGAAGAAGGCAAAGAGAAGAAGGCAAAGAGAAGAAGGCAAAGAGAAGAAGGCAAAGAGAAGAAGGCAAAGAGAAGAAGGCAAAGAGAAGAAGGCAAAGAGAAGAAGGCAAAGAGUAGAAGAAGGCAAAGAGAAGAAGGCAAAGAGAAGAAGGCAAAGAGAAGAAGGCAAAGAGAAGAAGGCAAAGAGAAGAAGGCAAAGAGAAGAAGGCAAAGAGAAGAAGGCAAAGAGAAGAAGGCAAAGAGAAGAAGGCAAAGAGAAGAAGGCAAAGAGAAGAAGGCAAAGAGAAGAAGGCAAAGAGAAGAAGGCAAAGAGAAGAAGGCAAAGAGAAGAAGGCAAAGAGAAGAAGGCAAAGAGAAGAAGGCAAAGAGAAGAAGGCAAAGAGAAGAAGGCAAAGAGAAGAAGGCAAAGAGAAGAAGGCAAAGAGAAGAAGGCAAAGAGAAGAAGGCAAAGAGAAGAAGGCAAAGAGAAGAAGGCAAAGAGAAGAAGGCAAAGAGAAGAAGGCAAAGAGAAGAAGGCAAAGAGAAGAAGGCAAAGAGAAGAAGGCAAAGAGAAGAAGGCAAAGAGAAGAAGGCAAAGAGAAGAAGGCAAAGAGAAGAAGGCAAAGAGAAGAAGGCAAAGAGAAGAAGGCAAAGAGAAGAAGGCAAAGAGAAGAAGGCAAAGAGAAGAAGGCAAAGAGAAGAAGGCAAAGAGAAGAAGGCAAAGAGAAGAAGGCAAAGAGAAGAAGGCAAAGAGAAGAAGGCAAAGAGAAGAAGGCAAAGAGAAGAAGGCAAAGAGAAGAAGGCAAAGAGAAGAAGGCAAAGAGAAGAAGGCAAAGAGAAGAAGGCAAAGAGAAGAAGGCAAAGAGAAGAAGGCAAAGAGAAGAAGGCAAAGAGAAGAAGGCAAAGAGAAGAAGGCAAAGAGAAGAAGGCAAAGAGAAGAAGGCAAAGAGAAGAAGGCAAAGAGAAGAAGGCAAAGAGAAGAAGGCAAAGAGAAGAAGGCAAAGAGAAGAAGGCAAAGAGAAGAAGGCAAAGAGAAGAAGGCAAAGAGAAGAAGGCAAAGAGAAGAAGGCAAAGAGAAGAAGGCAAAGAGAAGAAGGCAAAGAGAAGAAGGCAAAGAGAAGAAGGCAAAGAGAAGAAGGCAAAGAGAAGAAGGCAAAGAGAAGAAGGCAAAGAGAAGAAGGCAAAGAGAAGAAGGCAAAGAGAAGAAGGCAAAGAGAAGAAGGCAAAGAGAAGAAGGCAAAGAGAAGAAGGCAAAGAGAAGAAGGCAAAGAGAAGAAGGCAAAGAGAAGAAGGCAAAGAGAAGAAGGCAAAGAGAAGAAGGCAAAGAGAAGAAGGCAAUGAGAAGAAGGCAAUGAGAAGAAGGCAAUGA